AUGGGUGAAACCGUCAAGGUCGGCGGCAUGCGGAUCACUUACUCAGUGCACACCGCGCCAGGGGCGGACCCAGGGGGCAACACCAAGGAAAACCAGGACGCUUGGGUGGUCAAGGAGCGCGUCAGCGCGGCGCAGGACAUGGCAUUUUUCGGUGUCUUUGACGGCCACGGCCAGGAGGGCAGGGCGGUGUCGAACCACGUCUGCACGGCCGUGCCGCGGCUGCUGGCGCGCAGCGCCCUCUGCAAGCCGCCCACCCUCGAGUCCUGCCUGUCCGCGUCCUUUGUGGAGGCCAACCGCAGCCUGCGGCGGCUGGCGGCGGUGGACUGCGACCUCAGCGGCAGCACGGGCAUCGCGGCGGUGGUGACGGCGGGCAACAAGCUGGUGGUGGCAAACCUCGGGGACUCGCGCUGCGUCGCAGGCUGUGUGGAGGUGCGCAGCGGCAGGGUGGCGGCGGUGCCCCUCAGCUCCGACCACACGCCCAUGGACCAAGCGGAGGCGGACCGCGUACUCGCCAGCGGGGGCCGCAUCGCCUCCUACAUGUUCAACGACGAGCCCCUCGGCCCGCCCCGCGUGUGGCUGCGCGACCUGAACGUCCCCGGACUGUGCAUGACGCGGUCGUUCGGGGACGCGGUCGCGGCCACGGUCGGCGUGAUAGACAGCCCCGACGUCGUGACCUACCCCCUCAAGCCCGAGGACAGGCGAGCGGGUCUGCUUUGCUCGUACGUGGUGCUGAUGAGUGACGGCAUAUUCGAGUUCAUGGACAGCCAGGAAGUGGUGGCCAUGGUGCACACCCUGGCGCAGCAGGGCCACGGCCCGAACGAGGCGGCGAAGCAGCUGGUCAGGGAGGCGCGCAGGCGGUGGCAGCAGGAGGAGCAAGAUAUCAUUGAUGACUGCACAGCCAUGGUGCUGCAUAUCGCCCACCAGGCUCCGUCCGCAGCCCACCAUGGUGCCAACGGCGGCGGCAGCUCGAGCGGCGGUGGUGUUGUGGGCAGCAGCGGCAGCAACGGUGGCGGCGGUGGCGGGGCCGCCUCAGCUGGAGCGGGCCUGGCGGGACGGUUGGAGGGCGCGCUCAGGCUGGGGUUGGGCGGCGGGGGCGACGGCAGCAGCAACAGCGGCGGCGCGGCGGGGGCGCGGCCGGGCGGCAGCGGCAGCGGCAGCGGCAGUGGCAGCGGCCACGUCGGCAGCCUGAGCAGCAAGCAGGCCGUCGGCUUGCUUGGCUACGGGAGGCGCUGA